GUCAAUUAUAUUUAAAAGUCAAACUUUCCACUUUAAAAAAAUGUUUUAAAAAACAAAUUAAAAUCCUCGUAUUUUGAUGUCAACAUUUUAUCCAUAACUUUACUAACUUAAUUAAAUUCAGAAUUUGAGAAGGUUGUCGUACAAAAUUGUUCACAACUUGAAUUUUCGUAUAAAAAAAUAUGCAAAAUUUCCUGAUAUAAUUUAUACGCCUACAAUCUGUCACUGUAUUUACCAAGAAAAUCUCACAAAACAAGAGGGAGAAAACAACGGUGUAUGAAAAAUAAUAACCUUUUCUGGAAGUAUUUUUUCUUGAUAGUAAAUAAAUAUAUAAGCUAUUUUCAGGGCAAAAAAAAAAAAAAGAUUAGAAAAAAGCCCAACGAACUCUUUCGCUUUCGCAUUUUGCCGCGUCUUUAAAUGGCUUGUUUAUGAAUUCCAUGUCGUCUUCUGAUUUGCCCCCAAGUUCGCAGAAUCCUCUCCAGUUUCCCCACCAACAACAUUGAUAAUUCGCCGUCUCAGUUCAUCAUCUUGCGGAGCCUCGACGUUAAGUUAAAAGUCCUCUUCAUAAUCUUCUUCGGAUUCUAUACUCGAGGGAUUCUGGCAUAUUAUAUCACUUGCUGCAAAAUCUUUGGACGUUUGCGAAGAAUCAAGAUGUCGAUUCCGAACACAAGCAAUGUCGAAAUCAGGGAAGUCUGGGCCAACAAUCUUCAUCAAGAGAUUGAAUUGAUCCAGAAGGUAGUAGAAAAUUACCAGUAUGUGGCUAUGGAUACUGAGUUUCCUGGUACUGUUCAUGGGCGUUACAUGGACACUAGUUACGAAACUCUGAAGAAGAAUGUUAAUGACCUGAAGUUGAUUCAGCUGGGCCUCACAUUUUCUGAUGACCAAGGAAACCUUCCCACACUUGGAAAUGGAAAGUACUGCGUGUGGCAAUUCAACUUUCGUGAAUUUGAUCCCGCUAAAGACAAACAAAACCAACAAUCAAUUACACUCUUGGUUGAAAGUGGCAUUGAUUUCAAGAGGAACAGAGAAGAAGGUGUCGAGGCAUCCGAAUUUAGUAAGCUAUUAACGCCCUCUGAUGCAGUGCUAAACUGUGGUAAGCGUUGGAUUGUAUUCCACGGUUCAUCUGACUUUGGUUACUUAGUCAAGGUGCUUACAGGCCGUCCUCUUCCAGAUACAGAGUCUGAUUUUAUGAAGCUGGUCAAGGUAUAUUUCCCAAAAUUUUAUGAUGUGGAAUACAUGAUGAAAUCCUGUGGCAUUGUUCCCGGUGGUUUGAGGAUGCUUGCUGAGAUUUUGGAUGUAAAUAGAAUUGGUAGUAUUCAUCAAGCUGGAUCAGAUAGUUUACUAACAUGUCAUACCUUCUUUAAACUGAUAGAGGUUUAUGAUCUCAAGAACAAAUUACAAGAGAAAUUUGAAGGUGUUUUGUCUGGUCUAGGUCCUGGUGCAAACACAUGUAUUCCUCCAGAGGGAAAAAAGUGAUGAAAUCAUCAUUUAUAUUUGCUAGAUUGCAGUUUUUUGCUUUUAAUAAUUCUCAUGUUUUUGGUUUGCCUCCUCUAUCUUGCGCUUGCUGUGAGAUAUGUUUAUUUCUUUCUUAGCAAAUAUGAUUUCGAAGUGUUUUUUUUGGGAGGGAAGAUAAAGGAAAAUUUCAAAGUUAUAAAAUAUGAAUCUCUUG